CUCUUGCAGCGCAUCGCCCUGAUUUCAUCUCCCGUUCUGGUGAGCGUGUGAAACACCUGAAGCUCGUGAUGGAGGAGAGGAAGAUGCAGAGUGUACUGCAGGCUGAACGAGAAGAGCUCUUUAAUCCUCCAGAGAAGAGAAAGGGCUACAGGAAUGCAAGUCACUUGCUGGCUGAGAGAGGUCUUCUGGUUGGAGAAAAGAGAAGAACAGUUCCAAGGAGUGAAAUGGUUCAGAGAUCUAAACGGAUCUAUGAGCAGCUGCCAGAGGUGCGGAAGAGAAGAGAGGAGGAGAAGAGGAAAGAGGAGUACAACUCGUACCGCCUGAGAGCACAGCUCUACAAAAGGAAAAUCACCAACCGUGUCUUAGGGAGGAAGGUGCCUUGGAACUGAGCAGCAUCUCCUCUUCGAGUGAAGGAGGCAGCGCGGAGGAGAUGAC